UUUAACUUUAACGGAACCCAGGCAUUAAUUUUGAGAGGACAGAUCGGAUCACUAGUGAGGACAGAUUUUUGAACUUGCAAAGUGCCCCUGAUGUCUCAGCAUGGUUAACUUUACCUUCCAAGACCUCCAGCGAUUGAGUGGAGACUCAGAGGCCUACUCUGAGAUGCAGGCACAGGCUGAGUACAUCCAGACAUCUCCUAAAAUAAUCUUCCUGCCGUGCCGUCUUCAGUUUGUGCGAAAUGUCAAGGGAUAUUUCUACCUGGGUUUCAUUGUCUUCACGUGGGCCUACAAUACCUACAUUGUGCCCAAACUUGUUCUCCUGCCUCAGUAUAACGAGGCCAAUAUAAGCAUGCUUCCUGUUUUGUGUUACUAUGCAGUCUCAUUGUUCACUGUUGUUGCGUUGUUCAGGUCUGCCACUAGUGACCCAGGGCGUUUGCCCUUUGACCUCAAGCCAACAACCUCUGAUCAGCUGAACUGGACCCAUUGCCAACGCUGUCUGAUCCAGCGUCCACUGAAGUCUCACCACUGCAGCAAAUGCCAGCGUUGCAUCCGGAAGAUGGAUCACCAUUGUCACUGGAUUAAUAACUGCGUUGCCGAGGACAACCAGUGGAUAUUUAUCUUGCUAGUGUUUUAUGCCGUUCUUCUUAGCCUCUACACACUUGUUCUCGAUACUCUUCAUUUUUACUACUUUCCUGCAUGCAAGACUUGCAACAGUAACCGCUCCACUGUUGAAUCCAUCAUUCAUGCACACAAGCCCAUACAUGAAAGGCCAGCAGUGAUACCUCGGUCUGCUUACGACGGUUUCCGGGAUGUCUGCGGACCCGGGCCAGUCCUGUGGUGGUUCAACCCCUUCCGUCGUCGUUCCGUGAAACCUGAGAUCUACUACUACCAACACACUGUGUGAAGCAUUGACUCUUUGUUAGGAACUAAGCUUCUCAUCAGGCCCCAACAAAGAAUGAAUGCUAAACCCUCAAAUCACAACAGAGGAAGUCACAUUACUUCUUUUCAUGAUGCCCCUCCCAGUGACCCAGCUAGGGUCAAACUUAGGGGCUGUCCAUUUUUUUCCCCUCAUUUUUCACGAGCAUUUUUCCCAGACCUACUACAUCCUCCUAGGACAUACAAACUGAAAAGGAAAAAGUGAUUAUUUCUAUCAUGUUUGGUAUUUGGGAAAAAUUUUCUCUGCUGUCUUAACCCUUCCCCAAAGAAAUGGUUUGUGUGCUUGUGAAAGUGGUGAAAAUGAUGGAAGCAAAGUGGCUGACCCCAGUGGCACUUGGAGAGAGGUGUUUUUUAUUGAAGGGGCAGUUUAAUGGUGAGAUUGUUCUUUUAAGAUUUGAUCAUUUAGUCAUGGAAGCCACAGACUUUGAAUGAGGCCCACACCCUCAUAAUUAUGCCCCUGACAUAACCUCCCCCCUCCCCAAUCCCUUCCCUCUGCUUUCAUCCGGAGUACGGUCUCUCCAAGACCCUAAGCAGAUAUGGUGUGAGUGUGACCACUAGCCUAAUGAAGUGUGGUGGACAGAAUUGCAGGGCCCUUUGUUAAGUGGGUUAGUUUUGAGGCAACACCAACAGUUUUGCCCAAACCAAAUAGCGCCCUCCUGUUGUAUCUGCUGUACCUCAAAUAGGCUGGCGGCUGGAGCCAGUGAAGUUGUGUGCAAAUGAGUGGCUUCUAACUAAGAUGGAGCUACUAACCAGGACACUCUUAUCAACCAUAUUUGGCUUAAAAAUCAUUUCCAGCAGUACAGCCAUAGUUGCUUUUAAAUUUGAAUUUAUCAUAAUAAAUUAACAGUAUAUCCUGCAGGUUGAACCAAACUGAAGAAAUGUUUUGAUGCAUGUGUAUCAUCACCAGGUACAGCAUUUGUCUGAGGGUAUGCUUUUCAAUUUUCAUUAAUUAUGGACAGCAUUGAAUCUGUACCCUUCCAGAAAUCCUUUCUACUGGCUUGAAUGUGCCUCUGUUUCUGGACUGUCUGCAGCAUUAUAGAUAAUAUUUUUUUAUUUGCACAUGUCAAUGGAGGUUAUGCGUUUACGCAUGGUUUUGUUUCACUGGAUAUGCUCGAGUAAACCUUUUGUGAAUUGGUUGGAACUAAAUUAAAAUAAAAACAGCCUCUGGUGGAGACGUCAACAA